CGCGAGAGAAAUUAAAUAAUUAAAGAGGGAGGCUGAGCCGAGCAGGGGCGGCCUCAAGCGGCGGAGGAGCUAUGGCCGCACGGCCGAGCCACGGCCACGGCGGUGGCGGCGUCUCCCGCCUUGAGUCGGAGUUGUUCUUCCUAAUCGCGAGGUUCCUGUCGGCGGGGCCAUGUCGCGAGGCGGCCGAGGUCCUUGUGCGAGAAAUCGAACAACACAAGCUGCUGCCGAGACGCGUGGACUGGAGGGGCGCGGAACACGAGCGCGGCUUCGCCGAGAUGGUGCUGAGCCACACUCACCUGGUGCCCGAGCACCUGCUGCUUGUGGUGCAGCGGCUGGGCCCUCUCCUGGACCGCGAGAUCCCGCCCAGCGUGCCGGGGGUCUGCUCUCUGCUGGGGGCCGGUCGCCAGUCCCUGAUGCGCACACGCAAAGACCUCGGCCGCGUGGUGUGGCGUGGAUCGGCGUUGGCCGCCCUGCACCGCGGCCGCCCCCCUCAGCCCCAGAGCAGCGUGGGUAAUCCGCCCCACCUUGUGAGUUUGCUGUCGGCGCGCGAGCGCACUGGCUGCAUACGGCAUGGACAUGCCGUGCCCAUCACGCUGUAUCAGCACGCGCGCAUGCACCGCCGCAUCCUGGGGCACCUCUCCUCCGUCUACUGCCUCGCAUUCGACCGCACCGGCCAGCGCAUAUUCACGGGUUCCGACGAUUGCCUGGUGAAGGUGUGGUCGGCUGAGGACGGGCGGCUUCUCGCCACGCUGCGCGGCCACGCGGCCGAGAUCUCGGACAUGGCCGUGAACUACGAGAACUCGCUGCUGGCGGCCGGCACCUGCGACCACGUGGUGCGCGUCUGGUGUCUGCGCACCUGUGCCCCCAUGGCCGUGCUGCAGGGUCACACGGCCUCCAUCACUUCCCUGCAGUUCUCUCCGCAGUGCCGGGGCUCCGUGCGCUGGCUGGCCUCAAGUGGUGCCGACGGCAUUGUUUGCUUCUGGCAGUGGGACGCUGCAUCCCUCAAAUUCUGCGAGCGACCCGUGAAGUUCACGGAGAGGACUCGACCCGGCGUGCAGAUCUUCUGUUCUUCCUUCAGCGCUGGUGGGAUGUUCUUGGCCACGGGCAGCACAGACCAUGUGAUCCGUGUCUACUACCUGGGGGACCGGUCCCCGGACAAGAUCGCUGAGCUGGAAGCGCACACGGACAAGGUGGACAGUAUUCAGUUCUCGAACAAUGGAGACCGGUUUGUGAGUGGCAGCCGGGAUGGCACGGCACGGAUCUGGCAAUACCGGCGGCAGGAGUGGAAGAGUCUCCUGCUUGACAUGUCUUCCAAGCUUCCUGGAAACAACAACCCGCCCGUGGAAGACAAGGUGUUCAAGCUGAAGGUGACCAUGGUGGCGUGGGAUCGGCACGACAGCACCGUCAUCACGGCCGUCAACACCCUCGCGCUCAAAGUGUGGAGCUCCUACACUGGACAGCUGCUGCAUGUGCUCACGGGCCACGAGGACGAGGUGUUCGUGCUGGAGUCGCACCCCGUGGAUCCGCGCAUCCUGCUGUCGGCCGGCCACGACGGCAACGUCAUCAUGUGGGACCUUUCGCGCGGCGCCAAGAUCCGCACGUACUUCAACAUGAUCGAGGGUCAGGGCCAUGGCGCCGUCUUCGACUGCAAGUUCUCGCCGGACGGGCAGCACUUUGCGUGCACCGACUCCCACGGCCACCUCCUCAUCUUCGGCUUUGGCUCGAGCAGCAAGUACGACAAGAUCCCAGACCAGAUGUUCUUCCACACGGAUUAUCGUCCGCUGCUGCGCGACGCCAACAACUUCGUACUGGACGAGCAGACACAACAGGCGCCGCACCUCAUGCCGCCGCCAUUCCUGGUGGACGUCGACGGCAACCCCCACCCGCCACGCUACCAGCGCCUGGUGCCGGGGCGCCAGGGCUGCAGCCUCCACCAGCUCAUCCCACAGAUGGUUGAGGGAAGCAUCCUGGACAACAUGAUCCUGCGUCUCCAGCGUGAACAGGACGAGCGUGCGGUAGCCACGGGGCAGGACGAGCCCUCCUCCGAGUUGUCGCCGGUGUCGCUGACGGUGCAUCCUCCGCCGUCUUCCGAGAGCGAGACGCCGCGGAGGAGCCCGGGUCCUCGUCGGCGGAGCGGGCAGGUGGAGGGCAUGCGGCAGAACGUGGCGCAGAGCCGCUUCAAUACCGCCUCGGGGGACCUGCUGGCCUGGAACAACCGCCUCGUGGUGCCCGAGGUGGCGCCGGGCCUCAGCAGCACGCAGGAGGGCUACCGCCACGCCAAAGGCGUCGAGGAAUCCGACAUCUACGAGAGGGAGAAGAGGAGGAAGCCGAUCUCCGCCGCACACAGGUCCGACUCUCCCAACGUGGCCGCCAAGGGCCUGAAGCAGCGGAGGAAGCAGGCCUCGCACGGCGGCCUCCACGGCUACCGCACGCGCUCCACGCUCGAGGAGCCCGGACGGCCGGCCCCGCUGCGCCGUGCCGCCUACGACAGCUCGUCGGACGAGAACCGCACGGGUGGCCCCAGUGGGGCAUCGUCGUCGGACGAUGGCGACGAGUGGCAGAGCGAGAGCAGCACGACCAGCGAGUCGUCCAGCGAGUACUCGGACUGGACAGCGCAGGCCGGCGUGAACCUGCAGCCGCCGAAACGCGCCGUGCGCCGCCGCGCCGCGCAAAGGGGCCGGGGCAGCAGCUCCGACGGGGAGAGGGUGGGGGCCCCCGACGAGAGCCCCCCGGGGGGGGAGCGGCCCCGCCGGAAAACCAGAACGCGUCGACAGAAGCGAGUGGCCGCCCAGCUGCUGGGACAGGGCCGUCCGGCCGAGGAGUGGCUGCCGUCUGUGUGGGUCACGCACACGGUGCCACAGCGCUGCCCCUUCGUGCCGCAGAUGGGCGACGAGGUGAUGUACUUUCGACAGGGCCACGAGGCGUACGUGGAGGCUGCAAAGCGCAACAAAGUGCAGCGCAUCAACCCCCGCAAGCAGCCCUGGCACAAGAUCCAGCUGCGGGAGCAGGAGCUGGUGAAGAUCGUCGGCAUCAAGUACGAGGUUGGGCCUCCGACGUUGUGCUGCCUGAAGCUUGCCUUCCUGGACGCCGACACGGGGAAGCUGACGGGCGGAGCGUUCGCCAUCAAGUACCACGACAUGCCAGACGUCAUCGACUUCCUGGUGCUGAGGCAGACGUACGACGAGGCGCGCGCUCGCAACUGGCAAGUUGGGGACCGGUUCCGCGCGGUGAUCGACGAGGCGUGGUGGUAUGGCACGGUGCUGCGGCAAGAACCCUUUCAGGCGCAGUACCCGGACAGCCCCUUCCAGUGCUACGCCGUGUGCUGGGACAACGAGGAGACGGAGCGCAUGAGCCCGUGGGACAUGGAGGUGAUUCCGGACGAUGCGCGACCGCCCCCCGAGCCGGGCUCCAGCGUGCCGCUGACGAGCGAGGAGCGCGAGUCUCUGCUCUACCGCCCGCAGGACGGCGAGUGGGGCUCGGAGCCCCGCGGGCAGCAGCGCGACCGCAUCACCGCCGCCCUCGACCAGCUGAUGACGCUGGACGUGACGGCACAGUUUGCGACCCCCGUGGACCUGCAGGCGUACCCCCUCUACUGCACCGUGAUCGCCUACCUCACCGACCUCAGCACCAUCCGCAAGAGGCUGGAUAACGGCUUCUACAGACGUUUGUCGUCGCUGAUGUGGGAGGUGCGAUACAUCGAGCACAACGCCCGCGCCUUCAACGAGCCCGGUAGCCCCAUCGUGAAGUCGGCCAAGCACGUCAGCGACCUGCUGCUGCACUUCAUCAAGGAUUCGAGCUGCACGGACAUCCUCACUCUGCACAACGCUCGCAAGAAGGACGAACCGGAGGAGGAGUCGGAGGUCAGCCCUGAUGAUGAGGAGGAGCACGAGGAGGAUCGGGAAGCUCCCAGCACGUCCACCGGGAGACUCCGGAAGCGCCGCACGCAGCGCUACCGGCGCGAGUCGGCCUACAACAUUGCGGCGUGGAAGCAGCAGUGCAGGCAGCUGGUGAGCGUCAUCCUGGAGCGCGAGGACUCGGAGCCGUUCCGCCAGCCCGUGGACCCCAUCGUGUACCCGGACUAUCGCACCAUCAUCCCGACGCCCAUGGACCUGGGCACGGUGCGAGAACGUCUGCGGGAGGACACGUACCGCGACCCCGUCGACUUCUGCAAGGACGUGCGCCUCAUCUUUUCCAACGCCAAGGCCUACACGCCCAACAAGAAGUCUCGGAUCUACGGCAUGACGCUGCGUCUGUCGGCGCUCUUUGAAGAGCACAUCCGCGGCAUCGUCUCCGAGUACAAGUCGGCGCUGCGCUACCACGAGCGGCGGGAGCGCGCCGCCUGCCGCGGGAAGCGUGCCAAGCACGUCCGGUCUGGCUCCAGCAGCCGCAAUUCCAGCCCGGAGGUCAGGAAACGUGUGAAGGCCCAGACGAGGAACCCGAACGACGCGUCGUCGUCAUCGUCGUCGUCGUCAUCCUCAUCGUCAUCAGACGUCGCUGGGAUGGGAGUGCAGGCCUCUGCCCGGCCAUCGUCUUCGUCUUCAGGGGCGGCCAUGAUGUCGCACGGCGGAGCGGCGGGCAAGGGGGCGGCCACCGCCGCCUCGGGGAGGACCAGCGAGGUCCCCGGCCGACCCGGCCGCUCCUCGGCGGAGGCGGGCGGAGCAGCCAUGAUGUCGUCGUCAUCGUCGUCAACGUCUUCGUCGGCGGUGGGGAUGACGACGCGAGGAGGCAAGGGUCGCGGGGUCGCGGCCACUGCGGCUGUGACCAACGGAAGAGCUGGCGCUGCCCCCAUCGGCCGCCGUGGGCGCCCCGCUCACCGCGUGUUCCGGUGUGCGCUGCCAGGGGGUGCGGAGGACGAGGGCUCGCGGCCCCCGGUGUGCAACAGCAAGAGGAAAAGUGCCGAUGUGUCGUCGUCGUCAUCCUCGUCGUCGUCAUCGUCUUCAUCGUCGUCGUCAUCGUCGUCGUCAAAAGCGACGACGACGCACGGGAAGGCGGAGAACGCGAGUGGCAAGCGUCGGCACCGGCCCGGACGGCGAUCAGGAGCUGGCAAGCCAGAGCUCGCCGACGGCGGAGGAGAGAGGCGGCUCAACGGCCACGGCUCGCGGAGGCCCCGCGCCUCCUCCGCCGCCGCCUCCUCCGCGCGCGCCACACCCGCCAAGCGUCUCCCGAGCAGCGAGUCCGAGUCGAGCGACGACACGGACGACGACGACGACGACGACGGGCGGGCGGGCGACGCAGCGGCGAAGAAGAAAGCCAACGACGACGGGAAGAAAGACGGCGUCGAGAAGGGGCGUGGGGGGGACCGCCGCGAGGACGGCUCCGACGACCACCUGGACGUGAUCUCCGGCCCCGACUCGCCGUCGCCGUCGUCCGACAGCGGCAGCGACUUCGACGACGGCGGCAGCGUCUGCAGCGGCGCCCGCCGGGGGCCGGGCCGAACCCGGGCGAGUCGGGCGCCCCGCCCCGUCACGCGCGCCAACGCCGUGCGCGGCGUCGCCAAGAGGCCCGUGGGCCGCCCGCCCAAGCGGAGGCGCGGCGUUCCAGGCCGCUGGGCCCAGCCCGUGGCGGGCGCGGCCGCGGAGACCGAAACGGCGGUGGCCGCGGCGGCGGAGGUGGCCGCGGAGGCUGAUGCGGCGGCGACGCCCAGCUCGGGCAGGCGAACGCGGGGCCGCGCGCGGAAGAGGCCACGGAGGGACUCGCCAGCGGGCCGCGGGACGGCGCCGGCCUCCAAGAGGGGCAGGGGCUCGAUGCGGACGCGAAACCAGGGCAAGCGAACGAUCCGCUAUGUGGACGAUCAAGGGGACGGCUCGGAUGGGUCCGACGAAUCGGACGGCUCGGAAGGCUCCGAUGGCUCCGAAGGGUCGGGCGGGUCGGGCGGGUCGGGCGGGUCGGAUGGGUCAGAUGUAGCGGACGUGGGGGCGGAGAGAAGGAGGAGGAGGAGGGUGGCCGUGGAAGAGGGCUCGGAGGAGGACGAGGGCUCGGAGGAGGGCGAGUUCCCUGCGGGCGACGCCAGUGAAGGCUUCGCGAGCGAUGACAUCAGCCUCGGCAUGUCAAGCAGGGGCCGGGUUCGCAAGAUGUCGGAGCGCGCCAAGGCGAGCCUCAUCGGGUGGUAGCGGCGACACGGUGGUGAACGUUUAAUAAGUAAAAUUGUUUGGAGACUCUAUUUUUUUUUUGGAAACGAUCAAAAACGGGCAUUUCCGCUGAGGCCGCGGUGUGCGGAGGGGCGGCGCGUGACAGCCGGCUGCUACUGGGCGGACGAGCAGCGAGCGACGCGUUUGGUUACGCGCGGCGUGCGACUGGCACGCGUCUGAGCAGCGGGAACCUUUUUUGGCAAAAGCAAAAAACGAAUAUGUGAUUUUGACAGCCUUCACCUUGUACAUACCAAGUGGAUUGUGAUACUAAAGUAGUGCCAUUGCCGAGGAGAGAACGUAUAACAGCCAUACAUACCCCUCAGUGACGCACACUGCCAACUACAAACUCGCUCGACAAUACCCCUCCCCCGUGGUUUUCUUGACGUACCAGUGAGAAGCUGCACAGCCCGACAGCUUGAGUCCCAUCACUCAGCGGUUGAAUCAAUGGCGAAAGUUUCUUAAACACCUACCCCAUCUCCCCCCCCUCCCCCAUUCCCGCCCCACCCCCUCUCCUGCCCGCCAUUCCACCCAGCGACAGUAUAAAUCGGUCCACAGCAGUCAGCCGAUCAGCAGGCCACGUGUGGUGGGGUAAAGUGUGGGUACUAUCACCUCUUCCAAGAUGUCGUGGAAGAGCCAGAGGGUGGUCUCUCCAUCUCCCGUCUAGUGGGGGAAGAGGCACCUUCCGCCAGCGGUGGUGGCAUCGGCAAGCAAUUGCGGGGCUGCACAUUUGCUUAAACUUUGUACCUUUUACCUGCCUGGUGAGCGCGCACCUCGGAAGUGUUCUUUGUGUGAACGCGACCGAUGAAUCAUUCUCGUGGCGCGUUUCAGGAUCGGCGGUGUGGUCCGUGAGCGAUGCCAUCCCUGUGGGGGAGCGGCGGUAUCGCAAAGGGGGGCGGUGGGGUCGGUGGAUGUGGCGGCGGUGGUGAUUGGGUCUCCCCUUGCCUGGUGGGUGCGACGUGGGCCCCCCCCCCCCCCCCCGCUUAUUGGUUUUGGAUCGUGUACAGUCUAAGCCUUGCGCCGCGCCUUUGUCGUUUGGAACUGUGUAAAAUAGCGUGGUUUUUUUUGCAUACCAGUUUUUACCCGAUUUGAGAGAAACGGAAAAAAGAAAACCAGUUGUGAUAACGGAAUUGUCUCUAAAUGCCAGGCCGCAAUCGACUCGUACCAAAGCGCUACCUAGUGGGCAACGGCCGGAGCGCCACAACACCUUUUUGACGGAAACGUUAUCGCUUGCCGACACGAGAGGGUACUUGCGUUGAGCACGUGUGUGUGUGCGUGUGCGCGUUUCUUCUCUCGCACCGUACGUAGACACCCUUGCUGAUCGGAAGGUGCGGGGGAGCGGGGGGGGGAAGGACAACAAACUAAACGCAAAAAGCAGUUCUGCAGAAACGAGUUUUUCAAUCUGACCGUGUCAUUAGGGCGGAAGCGGGUUUUUAGCGGUUGAUCUUGGUCCCGGUCCAAAUUAAACGUGCUGCACUUGCCUGAUGAUUGCUAAACAAGGGCCCGCACAACGACGGAGCACUCUGUUGCGUGUGAAUGCGCGUGCGGCUACAACGAUCGCCAUGUUUAAUUGAAACUGGAGAUACCGAUGUCACACGGGACAAACACGCGCAUCAACUUAGUUUGUAACACGUACACACACAGUCUUUGAAUCGGCGUGUUACACAAGCACACGCUUCUCUCGUGUUUAUUCAAUCGGCGCCCUCUCCAUCGUGUGGGGAUGUACAUCGACAGUGCUGUUAAGACCGGCAGGGUGCACGAGUCAUCGCUGUCCCCAGCACCGUGGCACGGUCACCUUUGUUUCCCCAAUGCCGAUACUCGUUUGAAGUUGAGUUUACCUGCAGCGUUUUUCAGAUGUCACUCGCCCAACACCACCGCUCCCAAGACUAAAGAUCCCCCGUAUAGCCUUAACAGACUGUAGGAGCAAGUGCCGUUGGCGAGCACCUGUGUGCAGUAUGAGGGGGUGGUGGGCGGCUGGCACCACUGCCGGGCCGUCGGUCUCCCUAGUGGCGAUGUUUACACACUGUACCAGGUACACUGGAGGCCGAGUUGACCUAGGGGAGGCCCAGGACCGGUUCAGGUUAUCGUCACUGGCGGUGGCGGCCGUGAGCAGGAAUAAAACUCGUGUCGCCAGGUUCGUCGUGCAAGCUACGCUAACCGCUCCCCCACCACUCCACACACACACAGCAUCACCACUGUAACACUGGCGUUCACCCUGGGGCCACACGGGGACAGCUGCCACUGGGGGGGGGGGGGGUCGGAGUGUCCCCCCCCCCCCCCUGCUGCCAGGUUGCCUUUGUGUGUACUGCAUGGGAAGUGCAUAUUGACGACGCAUACACACGAGACCUCUCGCGUAACUGAACCUGUGGUGUGUCACACCGGCUUGUUUGCCAAUAAUCUGGAGCGUGUAGCGUGCAGACGAUCUGAAAUUGCAUUUCCACGCAGAGAACCGAUGAAAGCGGAAAGCUGCACCGUGCUGGGGGUCUGCAGUGAGAGGAACCCUGCCUCCCGAAGCCAUGUCUCUUUUUUUCUGUAAUUUUUCUUUUCUUUCUACAAUGGCCGAAGUUAAUUAUUGUAAGCCGGUGCUUAACCGAAGGGAAAAUCGUUCUUUUGGACUGCAGGGAAGAGGCAAAUUGAAUGUAUGUGUGCGUUUGUCGCCACGCUCCCUCGGCGCACGUUUACCCAGUAUAGUACCGAACGGAAUUGCAUCGCAAUUUGGCUCAAAGUAUCGCUGUGUGUAUCCUACGCAAGCCUGCAUUUUUAAGUCUGGGCAGUGCAGAAAAUUGCAUUGUGCUAUACACAAACCACAGAGAAAGUCCAUUAGAUAUCCUACACUGGAUGAGAGUGGCUGUGUUAGGGGGUAGGCAGAGAGUGGACGGUGUCUGGGCAUGUAACGAUUAAUCGAUUUUAAAUCGGUGCUGGCGAUCGAUGCACUCGCCAAAAUUCGUUGCGGUGGUCUCUGUUUUACGAUUCAAGCGAAUGGCGUGCCGUUGAAUCUGCGGUGCCAAUGGGUUGAACGACGCCGAGAAAAAACGAGAGACUGUCUUCGAUGUCGUAGGACAAAAUAAGUUCUGAUAAAUCACAGCACGCGUGGAAUUCUGUGCAAGGCCUCUGCAGCGCGUCCUCGGAAAGUGUUUCAUUUGGCACGAUCACGUCGUGAUGGGAGUCGCCACCGCGAGGUGACGUCACGUGUGAUGACGCCAUCACCUCGGCAGACCCAAGGCUUCUCCUUUGGGGGCAGAUUUUAAUAAUUUGCAAAGUUUGGGCUCACGUCUCGGAUCAAUUCGGCCGGUUUUCUGUAAGGUUUGUGAAUGUACUGAAAUGCCCAUAUUUGAUCUUCGUUAUGACAGUUAUACUACACCCCACCCGCACCCUCCAGAUGAACAUGUAUGUUGAACUUCUUUCGCACCGUACGUACUAAUCGGAGGUGCGGGGGAAGGACAACACAUUAAACACAAAAUGCAGGUCUAAAGAAAUGUUUCCAAUCUAGAUUUAAAAGUGCAUAGCUCCAGUGGCUUCCUAAUUUCGGAAGGGAAGAACGUUCCAGACGGCCGUAGAAGCGCAUCUGAAAGCGCACGCGAUGUGGUAACCGUCUUUGUUCGACGGCCAGCCAAGAAGCCCGCCCGCUGCGAGUUGAGCGGGGGAGUGAGAAGGGUGGGCAGGCUUGGUGAAUCGUUACAUGGCCACUCCACAGAUUUUCCCCGCCUGCUGCUGUAACAUCGUCACAAGAUUGUGGGAGAGGUAGGAUUAGGAGCGAAGCGAAAUAGCUGGCUUUGAGACCACGCGCGAUAGCCGCAGUUAAUAAUGUCGCAGCAACAGAGGGAAGAGAUGCUGCGGUACAACACCAUCUCCGUCAUUAGUCAUGUCUCGCGCUGUCGACGAAAUUUAACCAAAUCCGUGUCGUGACAUUUUGGGGGGGGGAGUGGGUCUUCCUGUGCCCCAAGACCCCCACAAACCCAAUUGGCCCCGUUACUCUAACAUCACCUCCGUCCCAACGCCUCAACUCCACCUCUGCGUUCAAGUCGAUGAUUGAUGCGUCGAUGAUUGAUGCCAACGUCACACAGAACGCAAGUUGCGAGGGAUGCCGCGCUAAAAUAUUCUGGGUUCCCUGAAUUUCUCGUUUGCACUCCCAUUUUCUCACUUUCCACGGCGCGGGACCCUAAUGGUACGGGUGGUUCUUCUCCACUGGCUAUUUGCCGAGCUGGAACCAAAUUUUGAUAUCAUGCCCUCACGACAUCUGAAUCUGGCUGGGGGGGGGGGGGAGGGGCCAGGCAGGGCCAGGUGCGGGGUUAAUAAUGUUCGCCGUGCUCAUCUUUACGCGCCCCCCUUUGUCCAUUUGCGUGCGACCGUUGGGAGCACAUCACGUCGGCAGCACAGCUUCUGCAGUGGAAAAACACAACCCUGGUGCCCUCGAGAAUCACGCCGGACUGGCUCGGUGGUACUGCACCUGGCAUGGCUCGGUUGUGCAGUGGAAAAAGAGGCGAUUUGUGUUGUCCUGAGCAAUGGUACUUGUGGCCAAGUCAAAAGCGAUGCUUUUUAUUUUUAUAUCUGAAGCCAGCUUUCACGGUCGGUGUAAAAUACACACUGCAACUUGG